GGUGAGCUCGUCCACUAAAGCCCACCAAAAAUUCACCAGGGCAGAAAUGGGAUGGAGGGGCAGCGCUGGAAGCUCCCCUGAAAACAGACUCGGCCAAGAUUGAAGGCAGUUGAGAGACCGACUAGAACAAACAACAUUGGCAGCUGCCUUCAAGAUGGAGGGCCUCAACCCGCCAGAUCUGGGCGAUCCCCAAGUAAACGCCAACGACAUCAUCGCAUGGUUGGAAGAACAACCCGAGGCCUCUCUGACACUCCGCUCCCAGGAGAUAUAUGAACAGCUGCUCACCGGGGCCUCACAGCCGCGCCACUCGUCGGUGCUGGCUUGCACACGCCUCUGCGGCUUUGUACAGCACUGCGCAAAGUCUCGGCAUGCCCCAGUGAGAACCUGGGCCUUUUCUGAGCCAACGUCCAUGACGCUGCUCAACUUCUACAUAGAGUGGAACGAAAAGGACCAGCACCGCUCUAUGAAGCUCGUUCUCGAUCUUCUCCUUGUGCUGAUCGGCCAGAACCCGGACCCCAAGACUGCUGCUGCCGUCCGUAGCCAGAUCCUGGUCAGCCUGGUUUCCAUCAUCACACGGCAGUCCACGAGGCCCCUGGUCAAGUCGUGCAUCAACUCGCUCAACCACCUGUUCGGCAGGUCCGUGUAUGAUCUCGAUGACAUUGCACGCACGUAUCGCGAGGUCGAGCCCGCGGUGGCAGCCCUCCCCGAGCUCGACCUGUGGAGGAGAUUCUGUGGCGAUCUAGUCUCAUGGAUGUACCUGCACUAUGUCUGCUCGGUUGCUGGCAAGUUCAUUGUCACGCUGUUCAAAGCCCUGCUUGCUCGGUCAAGCAUAGAUAACAGCAAUCUCCAGGGCUUCACCGUCCAGACCUGGCUUUCAUGGCUGCAUAAGGAGCUCCGCGUCAACCCUGGAAUCCUGGAGAACAUGAAGCUGUACAUCUUCGGCCCACUCUUCAAGGAUCGCCCCCUAUCCCUAGAGCUCCUAGAUAUCCUCAAUCGACCAACCGAGUCUGGAGAGGGUAGCCAGGAUGAGCUUGAUAGCAUAGCUGUUCUCAGGCUAGCGGCUUUGGAGGUUGGCAAGAAGUCUGGGCUGGUGGAUGACCCAGGGUCGGCUUCCAGUCAGAAGGCGUCAAAGUCUGUAGUCCUCGAUGUUCAAGUGAUGGAAGGCGUUCUGUCUCAUCCCUCGCCGCCUGUGCGACUGCUGGCUCUGUCGCUAUUGGUGACAUCCCCUUCCCUCUCGAAGCCGUAUCCAAUCGAGGCGUUGCACCUCAUUAGAAGGCAUCUGCCUUCUUACUACUCAGAUCCAGGCGCGGGGUUCCGACAAGAGGCACUCACAUACACCAAGAUCAUGAUCAAGCGAGUUCGCGGCACAAUAACUUUUGGACACAAGCCUGCCGCCCAAACAGGAGCCCUGACCAAAGCAGCAGCCAAACCCACACAGGCCGAGCUCAAGCACGCCGUCUCCAGAGAGGCACUGGAAGAUCACGAGGCGUUUUUUGAGUGGUACCUCGGCUUCCUGCUUGGAGAGCUAGUCCCCACGGCCUCCUAUCAGCGGCACAUCACCGCGCUGAGGGCUGUGCUACAGGUUGUACAGUCCGGAAAAGACAUCUCAAGCGAGAGCGCUACUACAAGGGCUAUGUCUAACAGUCGGAUCUUUCUCGACUACUCAUGGAUCCGCUCGAUACUCGACUUAGUCGUUGAUCCUUUCUCAGACGUCCGGGAGACGGCAAUCUCACUACUCAUGCUCGCUCCUCAAGCAGUGGUCAAGUCGCCCAUCUCCGGGGGCAACGGCCAGCAUUCGACAGAGCUCUGGGACGUGGUGAGAGAGUUUAGGAUCCAGGCAAGUGCCUUGGCAUCCAGAACCGGCCGUGCGGAUCAUGGUGACGGGACCGCUCGCCUCCAGGGGCUCUUGUGUAGCUGGUCCACGUCGCUCGACCACCAGCUAAAAUUUCUGGACGAGGUGAUUAAUGAAAUCGACAAGAAGCUAGGAGUUGCGAAGCACGACAUUGCACAGGCAGUGGUCGAACAGCCCGUCCACGGAGACUUUGCUUCAAUAAGCUGUAUCUGGGAGGUUUUGACCAAGGCCAAGUAUUCAAGCGAUGACCUGGAGCGCCUCGUCGCUGUUCAGAAGCGCGUUGUGGAAUACUGUCGGCAAAUAUGGAGUGUCGUCAAGCCCAUCCUCUGCGAUGAUUCUCCUGAAGGUCACCUGCCACAGGAGAUGGAGGAUGCAGAGGGCUUGGACACCAAAGGGCUUCUAAGCUACAGCUUCCGAGCAAUACACGAGUCCAGCAACACCAUGCGCUUAUUUCUGGCGCCCCUGAGGCUUAGUCGCAUGAAAGGCGCGCUGUUGCCUUCGCGCGAGGUCUUUGGGGACAUCGGAAACUUGACCUUUGAGCAACUAUCUAAUCUAAGGCAUCGUGGUGCCUUCAGCACCGUCUCUCUCACAUUUACCACAUGCCGUCAGCUGGUUGAAGACCCACUGGUGACAUCUCCCGAGGCACCCGCAGAAGAGAGGCUACUUUUCUCGUGGUACAAGGGAACCAUCGACUGUAUCUUUGCCCAAGUAUCCACAACAAGGAGGUCGGCCGGAAUUCCGGCGUUAAUGACGGGCAUUCUCGCCGCCAAUGCCACGCGGCCCUCGUUCGACGAAGUUAUCAACAAGCUGGGCGAGAUCGCGCAACGCCCAGCCCGGGCCGCGGAAACGGAUGGGUCCAAUUUGCCCCAGGUUCAUGCGCUAAACUGCGUCAAGGAUGUUUUCAAGAGUUCGCUGCUCAGCAUGAGGGCCGAGCGGUACCUGCCGACAUUCCUUCAAGUUGCAGCGAACAGUCUGCGAUCUGAAUUGUGGGCGAUUCGAAACUGCGGCCUACUUCUUCUGAGGAGUGUCAUCGACUGCCUACUUGGAAACUCGGACAGCAAAGCGCUCCUAGAGAGUGGUUGGGACGGCAGAACAAUCAGGAUAUCCUACGUCAAAUACCCGACUCUGCCGACCAUACUCAUCAGCCUACUACAGUCGGGCCAGGGCGCCCAUGACACUGAGUCCCAGAGGCGCGCCGCCGAGUCCGUGUUCCCGGCACUGGAUAUCAUCCGACGUGCCGGGCCACCAGACUCGCACCGUGACCAGCUCUAUGUCUGCGUCUCUGAGUACCUGGCGAGCCACCUGUGGCAUGUCAGGGAGAUAGCAGCGCGUACUCUGAGCUCGUUCCUCGUCUCGAUGGACUGGCUCACAGAAAUACAGGGGCUGCUAGAGAAGUCCCGAAACUCGGCGAACCGCUUGCACGGGACCCUCUUGACCAUUAAAUUCCUCAUGGAGAAGAGUUCUGAGGUGGCCGCGGAUGAUCACAAACUUCCCAUCCUCUUGUUCGCACUCGACGCGGUUUCAGGCUUCGGCGUUCUCAAAGCUUGUUCAGAUGCCCAAGCGGUACAUCUUGAGGUGUAUAGCCUGAUUCUACGGUCGUUGCGCGGUAACCCAGACGGCACAACACCGCUCAGGGAAGAAAUAUUGGCGAUAUUGAGUGACGAUCCCAAUAGUACAUCCCCUGCACUCCUUCAAGUGCAGCUGGGGCUUGAAGCUGCCCGAUGGACUGCGGCUCGGGGCGAUGCGGAGCUACUACGGGACGUGGUGCUCAAGCUGGCCACGUUAGAUUCAAACGCUGCGGCACUCGUGGCCGAGUCCGCCCCGAGGCUCUGGGCCAGCGAGGCUCCCAGUAGCAGCUUGUCCCAGCUGUGUCAAGCCUACAUUGAGAUGGCGUGCCGGACCCCAGACCUCGAGAUUCGAUACGCGGCUCUCAACAACAUCACCAGCCUGCUAGACGGCUUCAUAGCCGGAAAAGACAUCAGCCAUAUCCCUUCGCCCCGAGAGCUGAAUGAGCUUUGGGCUGCCAUACAUAGCUCCGAAUGCAAUCCGAGCACCCUCCAGGCCAGCAUCCGAGCCAGCGGCCCCAUCAUGGCAUCCCUCGCACUGCAGCAUGGCCAGGACGUCGCACAUGAGGCACUGGACAGACAGCUGCGCGCAUGGGCGGUUGCUAUCAGCGAGGCAGGCCAUGCCGACAAUGCGUUUGAUAUGAGAGAAGCAGCCGCGAUGGCCAUCAAAUCCUUCGCCAUGGCCGUCGGGACCUGGUGUACAAAGUCCGCAGCUUACCUACCCUUCCUCCUGGCGCUCUACGACACCCUCAACGACGACGACGAGGAGAUCAGGGACGUCGGUGCCGCCGCCGCGACCCCUGUGCUGGGCAGGCUGCUGGUGCCCGUGCAGGCGGCCGACGAGCUGCUGGAGCGCAUGACGGCCGCGUUCGCGGCGUGCUCGACCGAGUUCGCCAACCACGCCGUGCUCCGCGCGCUGGGCGAGACCAGAAUCCGCGCGGACCCGGGCCCGGGCCCCGGCCAGCCGCCAGUCGCGCGGCGGCCCGGCGACCAGCUGCGCGAGGCGCUGAUGUUUGACGACUCGCUCUUUGUCGUCGAGGAGCAGAACCUGUUCGUCGACGAGGUACGCGAGGCGCGCCGCUGGGCGGGCGUGGCGGCGCGGCUGCCCGCCGACGGGUGCGGCAGGGGGGGCGGUGGCAUGCUCGACCACCUGCGGGACUGGGCCGCCGAGGGGCUCGAGGCGCUGACGCGGCACGCGGCCGGGAGCGCCGACGCGCCGCUGGGGUGGGCGUCGCAGCCCAAGGCUUUUGACGUCUGCAGCAGGAUCAUCAUCAACGCUGAGUCCUUCUCGGCGGCGUUCCAGGACGAGGAGCUCGCGUCGGCGCUGACGAGCGGCAGGGAGGUCUGGGAGAAGGCCGGGCUCCAUGGGACUCUGGUGCGCAUGGCUGGCAAGGCGCCAUCUGCGCCUUGACGAGGCGGAAGGACACCUUAUGUGUACAGGUAGUUGCUAGACGAAGAAAAUAGUGAGAUCUUUUGUGUGUCUG